GUUGGUUUUGACAAAAGUUUCUUUUUUUUGAUGGGGACGGUCAGUUGGUGGUAUUACGGAUAAAAAGAAGGUUUUUGUUGAUGGGACAAGUCAUGCCGAUCACCUAGUGGGUUUGCAGUUGUGCCGACAGUCGGAGAACAAAAAGACGAUGGUGGAAAGUGUUGACGUUUUUUUCAACUUUUUUUAAACUUUCUUUUUUUUUUUGGCGAGUAGGACAAUUAGGGUCGUCGGUUUGCUUUUCAAGAAAGAACAUUGCAAAGUUCAACUCAGGUAGUUGCGCGACACACCAUGCGUCUGUUUGCUGUCUCGCCACAGCGCUUUCGUCCUCGGUAUGGGUACCUCGCCGCCAUCACAACCACCGGCAUCCUCUUCCGGUCAUGGCUGUACGCAUUCAUCGUCAUUAUGCACUGCUUCCUCACUUGGUCUCUCCGCAUCGGAUCCGUCAACUACGUCGGUACAAACAAUGACGGCUUCACCCUCGACUUGGAAGGACUCCCUCCUCCCCCCAACAUUGAUAUCUCCGCCCUCAUCUCAGCUCGCAUCACUGCAUCAAACACCUCGGCCUCGCCCGCUGAUCGCCUUGAAGCCCGUCUGCAUAUCCAGCAAACAACCGAAUCCCUCGCAUGGGGCCCUCAAAACAAUGACUCUUUCCUCAUCCCUCCCAUCAUUCACCAAGUUACGAUCGGCAUGUCCGGCCCACCGCCCCAAAAAUGGCUAGACGCUUCCCAAGCCUGUCGGGCCAUUCACCCAGAUUACACCUUUAUGACCUGGAACGACGUCAAUGCUCAAGAAUUCAUUGCCAAAGAAUAUCCGUGGUUCCUCGAGACUUGGCUCAACUAUCCCUACACGAUUCAGAAAGCCGAUUCGAUUCGAUACCUGGCCCUUUACACCUAUGGCGGCGCAUACCUUGACAUGGACCUCUACUGCAAACGGCCUCUAGAUCCUCUCCGCAAACUCCCCUUUGUAACUCCCUCAGCCCACCCCGUCGGGCUCUCCAAUUCCAUCAUCCUCUCCACCCCACACCACCCCUUUACGUCCAUCCUCGUCCAAAACCUCCCCACAUUCAACCACUACUUUUUUUCUUCGUACCCAACAGUCAUGUUUUCAACGGGGUGCAUGUACCUCUCCGCCUUGCACACACUCUACCCGCAGCGUUCCAUUGAUACCAAAGUCCUCGGUGGGGAACGUAAUCGAGUGAACGGCCGGGCAGAGACGCCAUUGUUUACCCAUCUUGGCGCCUCAUCGUGGCAUCAAGGCGAUGCACAAUUGUUUGUCUUGAUUGGACGGUGGAUCAAGGAGACGCCUUUGGGUGCCUAUGCCCUUCUUUUGGCACUUUCUGGCUUGCUCGUCGGAGUGUGGUGUGUAUACUCGCGGCGUAAAACCCAGGAAUUCAAGGAGACGGUUGUCAGUGUGAUGCUGGUUUCGGAAAAGGAAGCGAGUUGGGUGAAUUAACAAAUGUUCGGGUGGUUAUUCAAUGUAGAGCGCCUCUUUGGUCGAUGCUUAUUUAUUUAGCGACAUGCAAAGAUACCCGUGGUAUUGCUUUGCAAGAACAACUAUUUAUUAAACGGUGUAGAUUUGCUUUUCGAGAGGGAGGGGGGAUAUAGCGUAACAGCAAAUAUGGCUUGGUCCGCCUCAUAUAACACAUGUAGUCUGGGAGGACGGGUUUUCAAUAUACACUUUAU